AUGUCCAUGGCUGUUCCAUGCUUGGACCUGGCAUGGCUACCGCCUCCUGGCGAGUCUGAGCCUGCCCAGGCCGAGGAGCUGGCAUCUGCGCUGGAUGCUGCUUUUGGUCCUGAAGGCCUUGGUUUGGUGUGCGUCACUGGAGACGAGGACUUCCAAGUGCUGAUCCGCCGCUUGCGGCUGGAGUUGCUGCCCUUGGCGCAAGACCUGGCCCGACUUCCAGAGGAGUCCAAGGAUGCUAUCCGCGAGAAGGGGACUCUGAACGUCAACAACUAUUCCAGAGGUGUUGAUGGGAACCGCACCGGCUUCUACUUUCAUCCAGCGCUUGACAAUCCAGCUGAUUGCUUGCCGCCGGAUGUAACAUCAGAGCCAACCUUCUACACGCCGAACCUGUGGCCAGACAAGGAUCUGCCGCAGCUUCGAUCCUUGGCCCGGCAAUGUGCACCCCGGCUGGUUGAGCUGGGCAGGUUGCUGGCCGCUGCCGUGGAUUGGCGGUGCAGUCAGGUUCUUCCGGGCUAUCGACCGGGAACGCUUCGAGAGCUGAUCGCUCCUGCUGAGAAGUGCAACCACAAGUGCCGACUGAUUUGCUACCAUGAUUUUGACACACCAGAGCAGUGUGCAGCCUCCAAAGGCAUGUGGGCACCACCACACAAGGACACUGGGCUGCUCACCGUCCUCGUGCCAGGGAUCUUUCUCGAUAGUUCGGGCAAGCAGAUGGCUUGUCCUGACCCGGAGGUAGGCCUUUACGUGAGGAACAGGAAGGGCAAGACCAUUCAAAUUCAGAAACCUGAUGGAGUUGGUGAAUGCCUUUUCUUUCAGGUGGGAGAGGCUUUGCAAAUUGUCUCUGGUGGACUCUACCACGCAACAGAGCAUUGUGUUCGCGGACCUCCGAGCCACGGCAGAGGCUACGAGAGGGCCACCUUGGCAGUAUUCCUGCAGCCGCACAGCCAUGAGGAGCUGCGGUUGCCCGAUGGCGUCUCUAUGAAGGAGGUUGCCGACCGUGCCUGCGACCCAUUGUUCAGGAUGUUCCUCCUUUACCAGCCCAAAGAUGUGAGAGGAAUGAAUUUCCUGCACUUCUGCCAGCGUGAAGGUCCAAAGCUCUCGGAUGCAGUUGCAGAGGCCAUGGCCCGGGUGUCCACACCCAUCUACUCGGAUGGCCUCCAGAAGCAGUACUUCUCUCAUUUGCUAGAGGAUGUGCAACGACGCCGGGACCAGUUUCCAGAGAGGCGUUUGUACAUCACCGGCCACUCCUUAGGGGGUGGUCUGGCCAAGUUGGUGGCUGCCAAAGUCGGCAUUCCAGCUGUGACCUUCAUGGCACCGGGGUUGGAAUCCACCAGCUAUUUGGUCUUCCGGCAGAACAUGAUUCAGGAUCUUCACAACGUUGCCCUCACAGUCAUGCCGGACAACGACGUGGUGUCCAGGGUGGAUAUUCAGAGUGGCAUCACCAUCAAAACAGAGUGCGAAGGCAAUAUGCUCCACUGUCACCUUCUCUAUCCGACCAUUUGCAACUUCCUGGACAGAUGCGGGUCUGGUCGGCCUCCAGCAGAGUCGCUGUAUCUUCCCUGUGGCGCGUGUGAGGACAUGCCAUGUGGCUGA